AUGAUCGAAUUCUUUACUGAUAUCGAUCAAUGCAUUAAUGCUCUCGUUGAAAUUAAAGACGUAAAAGUAUUUUUAAUUGUUUCAAGUUCUCUUGCGCAACAAAUCGCUUCUGUCGUUCAAAAAUUCACUCAAGUUGAUUCAAUUUAUAUAUUUAGCAAUUUUAAAUCAAUAAAUGAACAAUGGACCGAAGCAUACAUAAAAAUUAAAGGAACUUUUAAUCAAAUUGAAGCACUUUGUAAGGUACUUAAAGAAACAGUUCAUCACUUAAAUAAUGAUUUAAUACCAAUUAGUAUCGUUACUGAAGGAUCUGUAAAUAAUUUGAAUGAGCUCGAUCCAGCAUUCAUGUAUUGUCAAUUAUUAAAAGAAAAUAUUUUAACAAUGCAAUUUAAUUAUGAAAUGGAAAUAGAACAACUCAUAGAUUAUUGCCGUCCACGUUAUCAAGAGACUAGCAGAGAAACAAAAACAUUUGAUCAAUUUAAAGAAGAAUAUCGUCAAAAGUCGCCAAUUUGGUGGUACACUGAAGAGAGUUUCUUAUACAAGAUGCUUAACAGCGCCUUAAGAACAGUUGAUAUUGAGCUUCUUAUUAAAAUGGGCUUUUUCAUUCGGGACCUUCAUGAACAAAUCAAACAACUUCAUUCCAACUUAGUUGCUAAUACAAUUCCACUUACUGUCUUUCGAGGACAAGGCGUGUCCAACGACUAUUUUGAAAAGCUGAAGAAAGCCAAAGAUGGUCUUUUAUCUUUCAACAGUUUUCUCUCGACGAGCACCAGGAGAAAAGUUGCCUUGCAUUUUGCUGGUUUUAAUAAAAAUGAACCUAAUACUACAUGCAUUUUGUUUCAAAUAAAAAUUAACUCUUCCAUCUCAUCGUUUCCCUUCGCUCCAAUAAGCGAUUUAAGUGCUGUUAAAUCAGAAGAUGAAAUUCUUUUCUCAAUGUCCACUGUAUUUCGAAUUGGUGAGAUAAAGAUAAUAGAAAACUGGUUAUGGGAAGUUAAUUUAACCUUAACAAAUGACAAUGAUCCACUACUCACUCGUCUUACUGAUCACAUGCGAGUUUCACUUGGAGACGGAAAUGGAUGGCGUCGACUCGGUCAAUUAACGAUCAAGAUGGGAAAAUUUAAACAAGCUGAAGAAAUCUAUAAUACACUACUCAAAACAAUAUCUUGUGAUGACAAAGCAGAACGUGCUUUCCUUCACAAUCAACUUGGAUAUGUUUACAAACAACAAGACGAUUUAACUCGAGCAUUUUCUCAUUACAAACAUUCUCUUGAAAUUAGCCAAAGUUAUAUGCCAUCUAAUGAUCCUCGACUCUCUAGUACAUACUCGAAUAUUGGGGGAAUUCUUAAAAGAGUAGGUGAACUUGAUGGAGCAUUGAAAUAUUAUGAACAUGCUCUCAAGAUCGAUCUUGGAAUGCCAGAACCUAAUCCAUUAGAGAUUGCUACUGAUUACAAUAAUAUUGGAUCGGUACUCGAUGAUCAAGGCAAAUAUUCUGAAGCACUCAAGAAUUAUAAAGAAGCACUAGAAAUCAAACUUGAUUACCUUCCACCUCAUCAUUCAUCUCUUGCUACUACGUAUAAUAACUUUGGUUUAGUAUAUCGAAAAAUGGGUGAUAGUUCUACCGCACUUUCAUAUUACCAAAAGGCACUGGAAAUCCAAAAAAAAUCUCUUCUAUCCAAUCAUCCAUCAUCAAUCGUGACUCAUGGCAACAUCGCAGGAGUAUUGGAAAGCCUUAAACGAUACAAUGAGGCUAUUGAACAUGCUAAGAUAGCUGUCGAUAUUGCUAAAGAGGCAUUUGGCUCCGAUCAUGCUGAAUAUCAAAAACGGAAGGAAUACCUAGAAAAACUUCAGAGAAAGGGUUGA